CCGCAGCCCUUCCGACCACACCUCCGCAAACCGUGCAUCUCCACGUUGUGCUGGAUCGGCCUUGCUCGAGAGGUUGCGCGAAGCGGGCUUCUCAGACAGAAGCCAGAAGCCUAAGGUACCUCGCAUUGUCGACGGUAACCGGCCCUCGGGCGCCUUCCCCGCCUGGGUCUUUCCUCUUGAGUCGGCAACGACGGGUUCUACUGGUAGCUGCAAGAACGCGACUGCACUGUCCACAUUCCACGUUUCUCAGCCCAUAUCCAGCACAAAAACGAUUCCUACUCCGUAAUGCCCUGACGAUGCAAAUCACGGCCCUCACGACAACCGAAUCCCUCCUCGCCCCUCCUCCCUCUUACGGCUAUUUGCCGUUGGCAUAAAUCGCAACGAGGAUGCAGACAGUGCCGAGUCUUGUGGGCACCGGCACCGCUGUUGCGGCUGCUGCCGCCGGCCUAGUCUUUGGCCAACCGCCUGAAACUGAAACCCCGUGGCCGCCGUCCCGCCAAAGCAUCUUCGCUCACGACUAUGAUGGGUUCAGGGCACAGCCUGAGUUCAUCCGCCCUCGCACAAGCGCCGCCCCUAGUGCUACAUGCCCUUCUCCAGUUGACGACUUCCCUUACUCCUCCUUUCGCGAAAUCAUCAACGUGAGCCCUGGACCUCUUACCUCACACCCUACCAGCUCAGGUGGUGCCCCGCGGCCUUUUGGCAGCGUCCAUCUCUCGUCUCCGAAGUCGAACAACAGAAGGCACUCGUUCCUACGACAGGGCGAUGUAACUUCUAGGCCAAUUGCAGAGGAUCCUCGCGAUUCGGUGUCCUCAAGGGGCUCUUGGGUGCGGCGGCUGUCUCUUCGACCGUUGUCCCAGCAUGGCAGUCGGAGAUCGAGCUUAGGGCCGGAUUCUUCGUCCAUGACCUUCUCGCAUGGCUCUGGCGUGCCGAUUUUAGGGCAGUCACCAACCCUUCAAACGGCUCCGAAUAAGCUGGUUAAAAGGACAACUUCCGGACAAAACGGGGUAGCAGGAGGCGCGUCACGGCGAGGCUCCAAGUCGCAGGUUCUGACGCUCCGACGGCCCGCUACCAGCCACCAAAGGUCUGCGACGCUGCAGCAAUUCCAGACCCAAGGUGCUCUUGUCGAACCACUCACCCCCACCGAGCUGAAAUUUUCGUUUGAUCACCAAAACCUGCCAAGUGCAUUUUCCCCGUCGUCGCCAAGAUCCCCAACUAUUCCCAGAGCCAGCCAGCCAGCUGGCAAGUGGACGUCUUUCUUCCACGCUCGGCGGUCGACUUCAACCGUGCGAGAUGCCUCGGGAAUACUUGGUGAGGACAACCCCUACCACGGCAUGUUUCCCCGAAGAAGAAUAGCGGUUGGGCCGAGCCAUGUCUCUCGAGCCUACCUCACCAAGCCGGACCAAAUUGCUGAGGUCCUGUUGCUGGCGGACGAAGAUGAGGCAGCCCAGAAUCAACCUACUUUUGAAGAAAAGCGAAGGAGUUCUCAUUAUGCCAGCGAGCCAUCUAAUUCGACCGGUUCAACGCCUGACCGGCGAGCAAAAAAAUCCAUAUCAAUGCAUUUCAGCUCGGCCAGUCAGUGGAUUGCAAGAACCGGAAGCGUCCGGCGCCCGAGACGGAGUACGGUUGAUGCCAAAGGCGGAGGUGGCCGGUACGUGCCUGACCUUGCGACCACGCCGCAAGACCCAGCACAGCUCCCAGCCGGAACGGGCAACGGAGGGUCCUGCAUUCCGCCUGAUGGUCGACAGCAAGCCACUGAGAAGCAAGGGUUGCAAUUGGAACCGUUAGACCGGCUGCGAACUUGUAAACGGAAUUCUUCUUCCCCCCUCCCCCCUCUAAACCGUCUUUCCAGCUUCAACAUAGAUGUCGCUCGACUAGGGCUGUCGAGGCCCUCCUCAGCAGCAUUCCAAGGACCGCUGCAAAGUCCUGUUGACCCUGUACAAGAGCCACAAGUCCCGCAAAAUAUUCCCCACAGCCGGGGACCGUCAGGGGAGCGAUCAGUGACCCUAGUCGGCUCCGAUGUCGAGAUUCGUGAUGGGAUUGCAGGAGAGGACGAGGAUACGGAUUUCAAAAGUGACGAUAUGUACGAUUCCUUCCGUACCGGAGCCUCGUCGAAUCGGUGGAGAUCUACUGAAACGCCCUUGGGAUCGAUGUUUGAUGAAUCACCGCCUAGCACUGCGAGCAAUAGCAGAUCGAAGCGUCUGUCUAUCCAAGAAAUGCUUGGGCGACCGUGGGACGGUGAGACGAAGAUUACCGAGGAAGAUGAGAGUCUUCACACGCCGAUCAGAACGGUACAACUGGCAGAAGCACCACAGCUAGGUCGCCAGGAUCUGAAAGACGAUUUUAGGUUUGGUGCUUCUCAGGAGCUGUCAUCAGUCAACACCAACUUGGAACGAUUAUCAUUUGAUGAUGAUGACGAUGAUGAUUGGGCACGAGAUGAUGAGAACACCCUCAGCAACCACCUUUCACCGCCGAGUUCGACGAAUUCAAGACGCGUCAGCCCGACUCUACGACAGGCCCUAAUGAACAUAAGUGGAAACGGCAGCCCUGAACCCCAGCGUCAGGGCGUGGACGACAGACCGCGGAGCAACAUAUUUGACUGGUCCGAACCUUCAAUACACGACAAGUAUGAUGCGGAUAUGGUACGGCCGAAGACGGUGCAUGGGAAGCAGGAGCUGGACUUGAGAAGCGGCCGCUCAAUUAGCCGAAAACCUCCCGGUGCCGCCCAUGUACGCAGCCAGAGUGUGCCUGUCGCUGAUCCUUCUGACGGUUCAAAGCCGCCGCCCAAGUUUGGAACCUGGGGCAUGGGCACGGCAACUGUCAGCGAGGACUGGGACGAUGACUUUGAGUUCGAAGGGGAUGGUGUGGCACUUUGCUUGCCCGGAGGCAAGGAUUCAGCGAUGAGCGUCUCAGUGGUAGUCCCUGCUUCGAUCCAGGCGACUCAACCCAGCGUGAAAGCGCAUUCCGGCCAGAUUCGCGAGCUGUCAUUACUGGUCAACGAUCUCAAAAGGCUAUGUCGGCACGGCAAGGAUCUCGACAUCCUCAACGGCCCAUUAGCGGCAAAAUGGGCGGAGGCGGAAAAUAUCAUCGCCUUGGCCUCGCCGGACGAGGAUGAGCCGCAGCAAUCAAGUUCGACCAAGUCAUCGAAGGACGUGGAUUUAUCUCUGAUCGAUGAUCGAUUCUUGGAGGCCGGUUUUGAUGGUCCGCUCCUCGAUCGUUAUUUUGAUGAUUCGCUUGGGAUUCCGAAGCCUGAAAUGUCCAAGACGGCGGUGGUACGAGAGCGACACAGCCCACGACGUAGGUCGGUGUUCUCCCCCGACGACGAUAUCUUUGGCUGCAAUUGGCCGCCGGCCGAAACAAGCGCAAAGUCUGCUCCUCGCACGCCUGACAGGUCAUCCAGUCCUGGCCGUACUUCUGCCGUCAUUUCAACGGUGAUCGAGGCCAUGCGUCAACAGCGGGCUGCUGCAGAUAGUGCAGCGGCCACACCUGCCAGGACUCCCGACACGAAGCUGUUUUUCGACACCAACAGCCUCCAGGAGCUGGUGAAGCGCGCUAGCCACCUUCGCGACGCGCUCUCGGAUGCAGUCCGGAGGGCAGAGCUCCUCACGCAGAGCCCUGCUAGCACUCCGCGACGGGAACGGCACGGCCGCCAUAACAACCCUGACGGGAGUCCUGCUUUCACACGGGUGUUUACCGACCCGGCCUCGAGCCCGCCAAGGCGGCUACCCAACAGUCAUAGCGGCGCGUCGGUACUGAGCAGGGCAUCAGUCGAAUCGCCGAGGAUGCAGAUGAUGACUGUCAGCUAGCCGACCUUGAGUGUAUCCCCGGACGGCUCACGUACAUAUACACCUUUGCCUUGUUCUUUUCCACGCCCUACAUAAACAAAAUACCUGAGCCUGUAUAUGUACGACUACUGCGGGGCCCAAGAUGCCCCGCUGGCAAAGAAGGGUACCAUGGCUUGCAUGACGAGCGAAAAAUAUGGA